AAGGAGAUUAAGAAAGUAAGAGCAUUUGUAAAGAAGGAAUGUGAAUUCUCAUCAAGGUUUAAGAAAAUAAAUGAUUUAAAAUAGCGUAGCAGAUAGAAUGCAUUUAAAGCUGGAAACCCAUAUACAAAUAUAAAAUAUUGGUGUUGGUCCUAUCAUCUUUGAAAAAGAGAAACUUACUUUUAUUUCUAGAUGUAUUAAUAGCAUUAAAGUGAAAGAUGGGUAAAACCUUCUGAACUGUGAGGACACAUAUGACAACAUGGGCGGUUUUAAAUGUUUUUACAGAAUAAAACCUAAUGUGUAUCCUCUGAAAUAUCUUAGAUAUUAAGUUUUCUUUCUCCAGCUUGUGAGGGGAGCAAGAUUAUGUUAUUUUCUUCAUAUUACCUAUUUUCCUCUCCUUUAUGUUAUCCCAAGUUAACUAUAACUGGUUUAGUUCAGAAAACCUGUCCAAAGGAAAUAACCAUAUAUCUAGUUAAAUGUAAAAUUUCAAGUAACUUACCAGUUAUAAUCUGCCUGUAUGAUAAAACUGAUUUUCACUACAUCUAUUUCUGACCCUAAUUAGGUUUUGCAGCUUAUAUAAAAAGCUGUUUUUAAAGACUUGGGCCUUGGGAAUUAUUCACCUUGAUGAAUAAUGCUCAAUGUCAAUGAAUUAAAAUAUUCUGAGUUAUUAUAACAUCCAUAUAAAAGUAGUAAUCGUGAAAAGCAAAAAAUAAAAUAUCAACAGUUAGAGAUAGGCAUUUGUUUUCUAAAUGUUAAGAAAGGGAACCUGUGAUUAUCCUUUAUUUUUAGCCAGUUACAGAGGAUAAAUGAUUGCUUUUUAAAAUACUAUACUAUUGUUACAUUUAAUAAGUCAUCCAGUACAGUUUUCUGAAAAUACAGGGGAUAGAAGAACAGGUUCAAUGAUACCAUGAGGAAACAAUCAAACAAAUUCAGUAUGUAGGACAUUCUACAAAACAACUAGUCUGUACACUUCAGAAAUUCAAUGUCAUUAAAGAUGGGGGACUAUUCUAGAGUAAAUAGAUCUAACACCCAAAUACAAUGAUCAAAGUUGGUUGAAAAACAGUUUCUAAGACAUUCCUUAUAACAAAUGGUUAAAGUAAGGGCAUUUUUCAAAGGAGCUGGAGUGAAUGAGAAUUCUUAUCAAAAUUAAGGAAAAGAUAAUAGAAAGACAAUUAGUGAAAUUUGAUAGGGACUGGAUUUUAGAUAACAUUGUAUAAUUAUUGUUAAUUUUCUUAGGUAUGAUAGUAGCACUAUCAUUGUAUGAGAUAUUAUAAUUAUGUGAUACCUGCUGAAAUAUUUAGAGGUGAAAUAUGAUAUCUGCAAGUUACUUUCACAUGAGUUAGCAGAAAAGGGGAUGUGGGUGUAUAAAAUAAGAAAGAAAAAAUAUGGUAAAAUAUAAACAAUUGUUAAGUUUGGAUGGAUGUUAGAGUUGUAGUUUAUGCAUAGUUCUUUUAACUUUUCUAUAUAUUUAAGUUUUUUCUUUAUCCUGAUAUUUUUUAACCCAAUGGUUCUUUUAGAGACACAUCCAAAUAUUUAAAAUUAUUUUUUAAGGCAGGCUUAGGUUUUAUAGAAAAUUGAGCAAAUAGUACAGACAUUCCCCUCACAUAACCAUUUUCUCCUACUCAGUUUCCUUGUUAUCGAAAUCUUGCAUUACUGUGGUACAUUUUUUAUAAUUGAUGAACCAUUACUGGUGAAUUAUUAACUAAAUUUCAUAGUUUAGUGUUCACUGUUUGUGUUGUAUAGUUCUGUGGAUUUUGACAACUGCAUAAUAUCCUAUAUCUACAAUUGUAGUAUCAUAAAUUAAAGUCCCCUGUGUUUAACCUGUUUGUUCCUCUUCCUUUUCUUUGUAGUCACCACUGAUCUUUUAAAUGUCUGUAUAAUUUGGCCUUUUUCAGAGUACCAUGUAAUUGCAAUUAUACAGUAUCAUUGCCUUUUUAGACUGGAUUCUUUCACUGAGAAAUAUGCAUUUAAGUUUCCUUCAUGUCAUUCUGUGUCUUGAUAACUUAUUUCUUUAUGUUAAUGUUUUUUAAAAACCCAAGAAGAAAAUUUAAAAGCCUAACAACAAACUACAACAUAUAUACCUUGUUUAGAAUCAGAUUGAAAAACCCAUCACUAAAAAUACAUUUUUAAAGAUAAUUUGGGAAACUGGAAUAUUCGCUGGCUACUUAAUAUUAUGAAAUUGCUCUUAACUUUGCUAGAUGUGGUAAUUGAAUUGAGGUUAUGUUGAAAAUUCUCCUAGGCAUUAGAAGAAAAUAUCUGGCUGCUCUUGGAAAGUUUCAUGAGGUUCAGACACAUCAAAUUUCAGGGAAAUGUGAAGUGGAGGCAGUGCAAAGAAAGAAAUAUGAGUAAGGAAACUAUUUCAGUGUCCAUUAGAACACUCUUAUUCGGAUUCUGUGCUUUUCCUGGGUCUUUGUGUUUUUCAGUUGGGUUUGAGAGAGUGUGACGAUGGUAACCUAACCACCACUGAGUUGCACACAUUCCCAAACGCUGAACAAAAACAGAACUUCUUAGUCAAAGCCUUCUUUCUGAAGUAGCUUAGGACUAAGAUCACUCCCUUCCAGGUUCUGAAAUUUAUUUUCUCCAGUUUGAAAAAAAAAAAAUGGCUUGGAUCUGUGUAAAGAUUUAUUUAUUCUUGCCCUGUCUUUAUGGGUGGAAUGAAGAGCCUUUCGAAACGCCAAUUAGACUUCGGUACACUGAGAGACGCUACUUGAAAAUACUCAAUUUCGAUUGCCAUCAGCCUGCAAAAAAGCAUUGGCAUUUUCUUAGUUUAUGAGAAAAUAAAUACUCGGAAGAGACGCUGGGUGGCGCUGCAGCCUUAGAAGUAGAAGCAGCAAAGCACCCAGCCCACGCUCCUUUACCCAGAUACUCAGCUAAAGAAGCAGCGAGCAGGAAGAGGAGGCUUUCUAAGGCAGUCGCUCGGGGAAAUUUGGGCCCUAGGAUUGUCCAUUCAGCCCAGUAUCAGCGAGAUAAGGGGAGAUAGAGUCAGCGAUAACGUGAGCCCGAUUUGGAGCAGGUUUGGUGCGAGACCAGAAGGCAAUGGAGGCUGGAGAGGAGAAGGAGCGCGUUCCGAAACAAAGGCAAGUCGUGAUAUUCUUUGUUUUGCUGGGCAUAGCUCAGGCUAGUUCCCAGCCUAGGCACUAUUCAGUGGCUGAGGAAACGGAGAGUGGCUCGUUUGUGGCCAAUUUGUUAAAAGACCUGGGGCUGGAGGUAAGAGAACUUGCUGUGAGGGGGGCCAGGGUCGUUUCCAAAGGAAAAAAAAUGCAUUUGCAGUUCGAUAGGCAGACCGGGGAUUUAUUGCUAAAUGAGAAAUUGGACCGGGAGGAGCUGUGCGGCCCCACAGAGCCGUGUGUCCUACCUUUCCAGGUGUUACUAGAAAAUCCCUUGCAGUUUUUUCAGGCGGAGCUACGAAUUAGGGACAUAAAUGAUCAUCCCCCAGUUUUCCUAGACAAAGAAAUACUUUUGAAAAUUUCGGAGAGUAUCACUCCUGGAACUACUUUUUUAUUAGAACGUGCCCAGGACUUGGAUGUAGGAACCAACAGUCUCCAAAAUUACACAAUCAGUCCCAAUUUCCACUUCCACCUUAAUUUACAAGACAAUCCCGAUGGCACAAUAUUACCACAGCUGGUGCUGGACAGAGCCCUGGAUCGCGAGGAGCAGCCCGAGAUCAGGUUAACCCUCACAGCGCUGGAUGGCGGGACUCCACCCAAGUCCGGCACGGCCCUGGUACGCAUUGAAGUUGUGGACAUCAAUGACAACAUCCCAGAGUUUGCAAAGCUGCUCUAUGAGGUGCAGGUCCCAGAGGACAGCCCUGUUGGAUCCCAGGUUGCCACCGUCUCUGCCAGGGAUUUAGACAUUGGAACUAAUGGAGAAAUAUCUUAUGCAUUUUCCCAAGCCUCUGAAGACAUUCGCAAAACGUUUCGAUUAAGUGCCAAAUCGGGAGAACUCCUUUUAAGACAGAAACUGGAUUUCGAAUCCAUCCAGACGUACACAGUAAAUAUUCAGGCGACAGAUGGUGGGGGCCUAUCUGGAACUUGUGUGGUAUUUGUCCAAGUGAUGGAUUUGAAUGACAAUCCUCCAGAACUGACCAUGUCCACACUUACCAAUCAGAUCCCAGAAAACUUGCAGGACACCAUCAUUGCUGUAUUCAGCGUUUCAGAUCCUGAUUCCGGAGAUAACGGAAGAAUGGUGUGCUCCAUCCAAGAUGACCUUCCAUUCUUCUUGAAACCUUCUGUGGAGAACUUUUACACUCUGGUGUUAAGCACAGCCCUGGACCGGGAGACCAGAUCCGAGUACAACGUCACCAUCACUGUCACAGACUUGGGAACACCCAGGCUGAGAACCGAACACAACAUAACCGUGCUGGUUUCCGACGUCAAUGACAACGCCCCCGCCUUCACUCAAACCUCCUACACCCUGUUCGUCCGCGAGAACAACAGCCCCGCCCUGCACAUCGGCAGCGUCAGCGCCACAGACAGAGACUCAGGCACCAACGCCCAGGUCACCUACUCGCUGCUGCCGCCCCAGGACCCGCACCUGCCCCUCGCCUCCCUGGUCUCCAUCAACGCGGACAACGGACACCUGUUCGCCCUCCCGUCGCUGGACUACGAGGCCCUGCAGGCGUUCGAGUUCCGCGUGGGCGCCACAGACCGCGGCUCCCCGGCGCUGAGCAGCGAGGCGCUGGUGCGCGUGCUGGUGCUGGACGCCAACGACAACUCGCCCUUCGUGCUGUACCCGCUGCAGAACGGCUCCGCGCCCUGCACCGAGCUGGUGCCCCGGGCGGCCGAGCCGGGCUACCUGGUGACCAAGGUGGUGGCGGUGGACGGCGACUCGGGCCAGAACGCCUGGCUGUCGUUCCAGCUGCUCAAGGCCACGGAGCCCGGGCUGUUCGGCGUGUGGGCGCACAAUGGCGAGAUGCGCACCGCCAGGCUGCUGAGCGAGCGCGACGCGGCCAAGCACAGGCUGCUGGUGCUGGUCAAGGACAAUGGCGAGCCUCCGCGCUCGGCCACCGCUACGCUGCACGUGCUCCUGGUGGACGGCUUCUCCCAGCCCUACCUGCCGCUCCCGGAGGCGACCCCGGCCCAGGCCCAGGCCGACUCGCUCACCGUCUACCUGGUGGUGGCGUUGGCCUCGGUGUCGUCGCUCUUCCUGUUCUCGGUGCUCCUGUUCGUGGCGGUGCGGCUGUGCAGGAGGAGCAGGGCGGCCUCGGUGGGUCGCUGCUCGGUGCCCGAGGGCCCGUUUCCAGGGCAUCUGGUGGACGUGAGCGGCACCGGGACCCUGUCCCAGAGCUACCAGUACGAGGUGUGUCUGUCGGGAGGUUCUGGGACAAAUGAGUUCAAGUUCCUGAAGCCGAUUAUCCCCAACUUCCUUGCUCAGGGUGCAGAGAGGGUUAGCGAGGCAAACCCCAGUUUCAGGAACAGCUUUGAAUUCAGUUAAGUAUUAAUAAGGAUCUGCGGAGGCUAGUGUCAUUUAAUUUGGGGAAAGCCCUUUUUUACUUCUUUGCCCAUUGGAGAUGUGUCCUUUCAUUAGAAAGUAACUAUCCUAUUCCAAUUUUAUGCAUGUUACUGGUAUUUAUAAACAUAUGAGUUUUCUUGCGGUAUAAUGAAUGUAAAUUUUCUUUGUAUUCUAA